AUGUCUCGCACCGGCACCUGUUUCUGUGUCCUGUGCGGUUUACCGGCAGCGGGAAAAUCCAGCCUUGCUGAGGUGCUGCGGGGUCGCGCGCGGAGCCGUGGCUGGGACACGCUCCUGGUGACGUAUGACGAAUUGAUCCCUGCACGGGACUGGCGCGAGGCUGAAUGGAAGCAGCAAAGGAAGACAGUUCUGACGUGUCUGGAGAGAUUCCUGCAUCAGACACACACCCUAUCUGAUCAGACACACAAACACACAGACGAUGACGUCUGGAUGCACUUUCAGCAGAUACACAAGCAGAGCGAAUCCCAGACACAAACUCAGCCUCUCCUCGUGCUGCUGGAUGACAACUUCUAUUAUCAGAGCAUGAGAUAUCAAAUCUACCAGCUCGCCAGAAAGUAUUCAACAGGCUUCUGUCAGGUGUUCCUGCGGUGUUCGCUGGACGUUUGUCUCCAGAGAAACCAGCGGAGAUCCCUGCGUGUUCCUGAUGAAGUGCUGGUACAGAUGUCUGAACGGAUGGAGCCUCCAGACGAGAGCCGAAACUCUUGGGAGCAACAGAGCCUGACGGUGGACAGCACAGAUGAAGUCACAGAUGAAGAUGUUCAGAAGCUGAUGAACUUGUUGGAAUCUACAAUGGAAAACCCGUUAAGUCCCUUCCAGGAUGACUCUCAGCUCAAGGAGGCAGACAGACAGAUUUGUGCAGCUAACGUUCUCCACCAAGCUGAUCAGAUGUGCAGGCGGCUCAUUUCUCAAGCGAUGACGUCAGCUCGGGAGAAUCAGGCAUCUUCCGAUGUUCUUAAGGUUCUUGCUAAGGAGCUGAAUGUGUUGAAGACUCGUUUCCUUCAAGAGCUGAAGACGGAGCUCCAUCAUCAAGUUUCUCUCAGCCCAGAAGAGCCAAUAGAUAUAGAGAAACUUCUGAUGACAGCGGAGAGAGCAUUUAAGCGGGACACACAAAACUGCAUACAAACACAAAUAAAUGAACACUAGAGUUUGUACAGAUUGUUGACUUGUGGUCUUCAUUUGUUAUAGACCCCUUCAAGGUUUGUAAACAUUGAAUGACUAUCGGGUGCACGCGCAGCAAGGGGUCAAACUGUUCAUACCAUCCAGACUUUCUAGUUUAAUCUUACAGGGCUGAAAAAUGAUGACUUACCUGAAAUGAAGUGAGCACUACAAACACAAGCCUCUUUGAUCUUUGCAUUGUCCUAGACAGUCUUCACGUUUAAUUGCUUGCAGCCACAGAUGUUGUAUUUUUUGUUUUUGAGAUUCUACACAGGAAUCCCGAAAAACUUAAUGGCAGACAUGGUGCGAUUUUCACAGCUCACGACGCAAGUAGGCAUUUUUGACGAUACUGAAUAAUACGCAACUCAAUCUGCUAUAAUGACUUUUCUGACCCCGACAUGCGCAGUGGGAAGCGCCUGUGACGUGAACUGUGAAGGGGUCUAUUGUGCGUAAGAUUUUCUUUAAAAACAGAAAGUGCUUUGUAAUGCAACUCCGAGUCCUUGAUGUGAAUUAAAUAAAAAGUUUUUCAUCAGA